GAGUGCACGGGUUUGCAGUUACGCACAGAGUGCGCACGGAGCGCCAGUGUUUCUGCAAUAACUAGACUGAUUCUCUCUAACAUGUGACUGUAUUAGUUGCUCACAUGGCAGCUUCAGUGCAUGAUCCGCUUUAGUUUUAAAGCCCGGUGGUCAAACUUCCCUGGUCACAACACCGCAGCUGAGACGGACUCGGCCAGACGAGCCAUGGCGAGCGAAGGACAGAAAGUGGUGCUGAUCACCGGUUGCUCCUCCGGAAUUGGUUUACGGAUUGCUGUUGUGCUGGCUAAGGAUGAAAAGAAGCGAUAUUAUGGAGGUCUGGGUUUUGGCGUGUCUUCCCAGUGAUUGCAACCAUGCGAGACCUGAAGAAGAAGGACAAGCUGCUGGAGGCCGCUGGCGACACCUACGGGAAGACCCUGACACUGCAGCCACUGGACGUGUGUGACGAUGAGUCCGUCAAACAGUGCGUCAGCAGCGUGAAGGACCGCCGCGUGGACGUGCUCAUUAAUAACGCAGGGAUAGGACUGUUGGGUCCGGUUGAGAGUAUCAGCAUGGAGGAUAUGAAGAAGGUGUUUGAGACAAACUUCUUCGGUGCUGUGCGCAUGAUCAAGGAAGUCAUGCCCGACAUGAAGAAGAGGCGGGCCGGCCACAUCAUUGUUAUGAGCAGUGUGAUGGGCCUGCAGGGGGUGGUGUUUAAUGAUGUCUACACUGCCUCCAAGUUUGCUAUGGAAGGUUUCUGUGAGAGUCUGGCAGUGCAGCUGCUCAAGUUCAAUGUUACUGUCUCUAUGAUCGAGCCAGGCCCUGUGCACACAGAAUUUGAGGUGAAGAUGAUGGAGGAUGUGGCAAAGAUGGAGUAUCCAGGUGCAGAUGCUGACACUGUGCGCUAUUUUAAAGAUGUCUACCUGCCGUCCGCCACUGACAUCUUCCAGGCCAUGGGCCAGACUGCAGAGGACAUCGCCAGGUGCACCAAGAAGGUGAUGGAGUCCAGCCGGCCGCGCUUCCGUAACCUGACCAACUCUCUGUACACGCCCAUUGUAGCCCUGAAGUACGCAGACGAGACGGGCGGGCUGUCGGUGCACACCUUCUACAACCUGCUGUUCAACAUGGGGCCCCUGAUGCACAUCACCAUGAACAUCCUCAAGUGCCUGACCUGCCGCUGCUUCCGCAGCCGCACCGUCUGACCGACCGACCGACCGACCCCGUCACGCAGCCCCACACAGACACACGCACUUAGGCUCUUUAAACGCUUCGCCGGGCUGCCCCGGGUAUGGACAGCCUCGCCGGCAACUAGUUCCUGAAUUUAUGUUGCGGAAAUUGUGAACGGGAAGAUAAAUGAGUAAAUAAAUAAUGAUAGUAGUAAACGAGGGUCUGGGAGAAACGGCACGAGCAUGGGCGCUAGCGGUCAGUCGCGCUGUAGCAGAGAGAUUAGGAGCCGGUCAUAUGGUAACGGAGAGGGGUCAGAUACAGUGUACGAGAGAGAGAGAGAGAGAUCGGUCUGAAGGUAUGAGAGAGGUCAGGCUCACUGUAGGAAAGCGAGCGCUUGGUCACACUGUAGGAGAGGGAUCAGCCGUGCAUUUGGAAAGAAACAAAAUUGUCAAAAUUGUCAAAAUUGUAAUUCUUGGGACAGAUAAUGGUUGAAUACUCUGUAGGAGAGCACUGUAUCACACAGACACUCUCUCACAUGUAACAUUAUGGGCCAGGUUCACAGACACAGAUUAAGUUUAGUCCUGGACUAAAAUGAGUUUUCUAUGGAGAAUAUCCAUUAAACAUUUAAUUUACUCUCGGAAUAGGCUUAAUCUGUGUCUAAGAAACUGGCCCCAUAUGCUGCAUUGACUGCAAAACCACACACCAUCACAGCACAGAAAUAAACAGUGUAGAACUCACACCCUGUUUGAAAUGUGGGCAGGUUUUCCCAAGCUUUCUUGAGAGAUGGAAAAAUCACUUCUGUUUCCUAGUCAAUUCAUGCUUAAAAGUGUUGUUUUAUGUAUCCUUCAUUUUAAGCAAAAAUUGUUGCUUUUAAAAUAACAAUAAUUAUUAUUAUUCAUUUUAUUAUUGAAGAAAAUAUAUUGAUUCUGUUUGGACAUUAAAGAGUCCCUUGAUUUAAUUGCUG